AUUAUUAUCCUGUUGAAAAUUACAAAAAAACAAAUAAUUAAUUAAUUAAACUAUCAUUGAUUGAUUACAUAAUCAUUAUUUGUGAGAACCUUUCAAUAUCCUAUUAUUAUUGUUAUGUUAUGGAUGAAUCAAUGGAUGAUAUCCAAGAUGAUACUAAUAAUAAUUUACCAUUUACUAAAAGUGAAAUAACAUUUUUAGUGAUUAUAUUUGCUAUAGUAAUUAUAUUAGCUGUAGUUGGUAAUACAAUUGUAUGUAUAUUAUUACGUUUUCAUUAUUGUAAUAUCAUUCGAUUCUUUACAAACAGAUUAGGAUGUAAAAAAAAAUCUACAUUAUCUAAAUCAUUCAAUCAUCAUCAUCAUCAUCAUCAACAUCAACAACAUCAUCAUCAUCAUAGCAAUAAUAAUAAUCAGAUAGAUCCAUGGGUUGAUGAAUGUCCAAGUAGUCAACAUGAAUGUAGUUGUGGUAAACCAUGUAUUAUACAAAAUACACAUCGUUACAUAAUAUUCAAAUCAAUACAUAAAUCAUAUGAACAAAAUACAAGUAAAAGAAAUUAUACUGGAUCUAUUACAUUAGAUAAUAAUCUACCAAAUGUUAAACGUACAAAUUUCACUAUAAAACAUAAAUGGAAAGCUGAUAAUUAUAUAAAAGGAAUGCGUACAUCAAGUAUAACAAGUUUAUUUUUAUUUAAUUUAAGUUUAGCUGAUAUAUUAAUGGCUGUAUUAUGUAUACCAAUGAAUGUUAUUACAGAAAUUAUAUAUUUAUGGUGGCCACUUGGUGAACCAUUAUGUAAAAUUGUACCAUAUGCACAAGGUGUUAGUGUAUUUGUUAGUGCAUUAACUCAUGUACUUAUAUCAUGGGAUCGUUUUAUAUUGGUUUAUUUUCCAUUAAAACCAAGAAUGACACAACGUAAAGCUAUAUUAUUAUUAUUAACUGUAUGGUUAUUAGCAUUAAUUAUACCAUUACCUGUACCUAUUGUAAAUAGAACAGUUCAAAGGGAUAAUGAAACAUUUUGUAUAGAAGAUUGGAGUUUAUUAUUAUCAUCUAUUAAAACAAUCAAUAUUAAUAAUUUUACAAAUUUAGAUCAAAUUAAAAAUGAGAUCACAAUCUAUAUCAAUGAUCAACCUUAUAUAUUACAAAUUGAUGUUAUUUAUACUAUAUUAUUAAUGAUAUUACAAUAUUUUUUACCAUUAGGUAUGAUAUGUGGUACAUAUAUAGCUAUUGGAAUUAAAGUAAUACAUUUACAAACACCUGGUGAACGGAAUAGUAUAAGAGAUCAGAAAUUAACUAGAGCUAAACGUAAGAUGGUGAAAAUGUUAACAUUAGUAGCAUUAAUGUAUGGUUUAUCCCAGCUUCCAAGGCAUACAAUCUAUUUACAUGGUUUAAUUAAUCGUGAAUUUUGGUUUAAAUCUUAUUCAAUUAAAGCAUGGGCUGCAGCUAACUUUGCUCGGGAUUCAUCAACAUGUUAUAAUCCAUUUAUUUAUGCAUGGAUAAAUAAAAAUUUUCGACAAGAUAUAUAUCAUUUAUUUUAUUCAUGCUUUUUAUCAUGUUUUAAUCGAUGUUUACCUAAAUUAUCACGUUCAAAUAAAACAAAUUUGUUACCACGUAGCAACAAUAAUAAUAAGAAAAAGAUACAGGUACCAAUUAUUCGUAUGACACAACCUUCUGUCAAUGAAGGUAGUUCAAAUUCAAUUCAUUUUUUUUCAAGAAAUCAUUCAACUACUACUCAUAAUGAAAUACAUGAUCAAUUAAAUAUAAAUCGUGAUACAGAUGUUUAAAAAGAUACCAUGACGACCACCACCAACAGCACCACCGACACCACCACCAACAACAACAAUUAUAAGUAAACACAUUCAUGAAGAAACUGUUUUACAUAAAUUAUGUUUUAAUCAAUACGAUUUAUUUUAAAACAGAAAAAACAAAAACAAAAAAAGCUAAAAUGUAUUUUGUACAUAGACAUUUAUAUGUAUAAUUAUGACUAUGUAUUUAUAUUCAGAGUAAUGAUAAGAUUCAGAAAGAGAUUUAAUGGUUAUGAUUACAUAAUAAUAUAUCAUUUAUUCCAUGACAAAUAUUAAUAUUCUGUAAUUUUUCUAGUUUAAAAUAUAUAAGUAUACAUUGAUGAGGCUAUUGAUAUUGGUAGCCUUCAAAUGGCCUGGUGCUACCGAAGAUGGGGAGAGCCAACUCUUCAUCUCAAAAUACUGUCACAUAGCCACGCAUAUAUAGCCUUUGCCAUGGAAGUCCUACUCACUGCCUUCUC